AUGAUGCUGUCGUUCCUCAGCCUGACGUCCGCUCCGCCUACGUCGACCGCUGGACGUAACGACGAGAAGGGUGUUAUGUCGCUGCUUUUCCACGGGCCAGUGGCACCGCGGCACAUCAGCUUCGGCAUAGAGGACUCCAACGAGGGCGUUGCCAAGGAGAUUGCCAUCGCGGAAGGUUCGUUAAACAUCUCCCGUGUACAACGUGCCGUAGACAUGACCACGCUCGAGAACACACUCAACAGGUUGCAAGAGAACGAGCAGAAUCAGCUCGAUGCCGUCCAGGAGUCCAUGUUCCUGCAGAACGCGCAAAUCGACGAACUCCAGCGGUUCAUUUCGCGCCCACCACGCAACACAACAGCCGUCAGUAAACAUGUAAAUAAUUAG